GCAGAGCGUUCUGGAGCGUUGAAGCGUGCGGUUGCAUCAGUUCCAGAUUUUCCCAGCUCACUAUCGCAGCUGAUAGCGGUAAAACCAGAUGCUGGGGGAGGCUGCACACAUAUACGAGAGCAAUCGGUUUUUUACUUUACCCCCGAAGCUUUUCGGUCUACCGUUAUCAACAGCUGAGAGUGUCUGGCAGGCAGUGUCGUGUUCGGAAAUGGAGAAACAUACAUCCCUCGUGAAGUGCUCGCGCGGUGGUUUGUACCAGCUGGGACAUUCAGCGUGGGAGAGAUGUGCCAAAAGUGAGUGAGUGAGUCAGAGAGCGCGACAUUGCAUUGUGGCCACGGAUUUCGUUUCAAAACUGUGCCAGAAUGGGUUCGGCAGCAACACAUUUGUCCGGGACGUUUUCGCUAGAGGGCGUCCGGGUAGCUGCUGCUUUGCGGAGGCGAGACCGAGUCCAGAAGUUGAUUAUAAAUUUAGUCAUCGGCCAGGUCUCGCCAGGACUGGACGCUUUAUUGUGAACAGUCUGAGCUGCUCGGAUCCCGGCGUUUGGUUGGUUGGUUGGUUAGUUGGCCAGAAGGAUUGACCCCAAGUGUUGCAUCAGUGCAUCCUAGUGCUGCUGGCGCUUGAUGAUCCGGAAGUAUUGAGCUUCGAACAAAAGUGUCGGGGGUACGAAAAAAAAACUAUUAAACAAUGUGAUGUGAAGUGUUGUCUGCACAUACACACACACCUGAGGUGAGGAGUGUGUCGGUAAAAAAUAGUGUCGCACAGUGCUAGUGAAAAUGUUCCUGAUGAUCUCGAUGAUUAGUACAACGGUAAUCCCGGACAUGAGCGUUUAUCGUUGGAACCGAAAAUUUAUGGCCCACCGCGAGCCUCCCUAGCCAGUUCAGAUCUCGAUGGUCCCUGGGCAUGAAAGGAGACCUGCUCUCUCGAUGCCUCUCACGUUUUUUGUACACUAAACGGAAUCGUUCCGCACUUGGACCGGGAAGGACAUCACUGGCUCAAACUAACCGACAGAACAAGUAAGAGAAUGAGAGCGAGGAGGAAAAAAAUCUGAUCGCUUAAUUUGCGCUCGUGCGCUUCGCCCGGUCCGAUAAGCAUACGAGUCACGUUUCGGUGUCGGAGACGAGUUCCGCGAACUAGAAAAAAAAACUUUGUCGAUGGGAAUGGGAUGGAUUUUUUUUGUCGGUGAAAUUUGCCUCGCUCUCGCGCUGGAUUGUCGUUAAAAUUCAAAAAUAAAGUUUGGUGAACCAAUCGAUGGUCGAACUGGACGCCGGACAGGUCAGGCGAGUUCUGCACGAAGCAUUGGAUCUGUGGUCUCAGAAUGCAAAUCUUACCUUCCGCGAGGUAUACAGCAGUGAAGCAGAUAUCCAGGUUCUAUUUGCGCGUCAGUUUCAUGGAGAUGGUUACAGGUUUGAUGGACCGGGUAAAAUUCUUGCUCACGCCUUCUACCCAGGAACCGGCAUCGGCGGCGAUGCCCAUUUUGACGAGGAAGAAACCUGGCUCCUCAAUGAGCCACUUGGAAGCGAUGGUACCCGUCUUUUUGACGUCGCCGUUCACGAGUUCGGCCACUCGCUAGGGUUGGGUCAUUCAUCCGUGAAAGAAGCGAUCAUGUUCCCUUGGCACCACGUUUCCUACCGUGGCAAAGACUCCAUUCCGGAAGACGAUCGAUUGGGAAUUCAAGGCAUCUACGGUCCGAAGAAAAAGACUUACGGUCGCAAUCCUGAGCGAAACACUCCUUCAACCACUACUACCACGACCACGACAACCCCUAUUCCUCCUCGUCGACCAUCCACCAAACGGUACUAUCUCCGAAAAGACCACAAUGGGCACCCAUGGGAAGAUCUACCCGAAAACAAUCCGGUGCAUCCGUGGAAAACUACUACUACAAGCACUACCACCGAGAUACCUCGGCGUCGCGUUUACUAUCCGGACAAACCACGUGGUGUGGGAACGGAUUACCCAACCCGUCGAAUCCAUCACGAGGAACGACCUUAUCCCAGAGAACCAGAUACAGAAACACCACGACACGUUACAACACCCACCAAAGUCCACCACCACCAUCAUCAUCACCAUCACGGAACGCAUCAUCCGAUCACACGACCACCGCUACCGCGGAUUCCGAAUCCAUGCGAUACAAGCUAUGAUGCCAUCACACUGAUCCGCAACGAGCUCUUCAUUUUCAAGGAUCGAUACUUAUGGCGAAUCUUCGAGAAUGAUGUUCAAAAUCGACCUCCGAUCGAAAUCGAUCGAAUGUUCUUCGGACUGCCGCGUGACUUCACGAGAAUCGACAGUGUGUACGAGAAUAAACACCAGAAGAUUGUGUUCUUCAUAGGAAAGCAAUACUACGUGUUCAAUUCACAACAUCUGGAACCGGGAUAUCCGAAACCGUUGACACAUCUAGGACUUCCGGAAAGCAUAGAUCGAAUCGAUGCAUCACUCGUCUGGAGCUACAACAACCGAACAUAUCUGUACAGUGGUCGUCUUUACUGGAGAUUCGAUGAAGACGCAAACCACGUCGAGCUGGACUACCCGCGGGACAUGUCGAUGUGGAAGGGCGUCGGGUACAACAUCGAUUCGGCAUUCCAGAACCGCGACGGCAAAACGUACUUCUUCAAGGGCAAAGGCUACUGGCGGUUCAACGAUCUGCGCAUGAGCGUCGAUCAUGCCGAACCACACCCGUCUGCCCACGAGUGGAUGAAGUGUCAGCGGUUACCGAAACAGCGGGAACCAAUGGUUGACAUUACUACCGAAGAUCAGCAGCAAGUCAGUGGAACAACCAUCACUGCCAGGUGGACUGCGGGAAGGACCACCCUACUGCUGCUGCUGCUAGUUUUAGUUAGCUUGAAUCGAACGCGUCUAUAGACACUUAUUAGUUACAAAUUUCAAUUAUACCACGUCGGAUUGAUCGGAACGGAUUCCAUUAGUUCAGAGGGCGAGAUUAUCCCAUGGACAGCUUGCAGUAAGUCACUGCCCACAGGUGCUUAUUUAAUAUCGCAUCAAGUUUGUGCAAUACCGGAUGAAGAUUUGAUUCAAAACAUAAUUUUUCAAGCAAGCUUCCAGUCUGUGGGGAAAUCUUAACACCAAUGACACCUAUUUAGAAUAUAUUCCAACACUUUAUUAGCUUUACAUUUAUUUGUGUAAAAACAUUUCAUCUUAAGCGAUUGUAAAAAACACUAAGUUAAUACACGUACCACAUAAUAGGUUUUAAUGUAGACAAAAUAAUCGAAACUAUCAACUGACACGAUUAUAUUGAACUACGACAAUGGGAAUUGAACAGUUAUGUUCGCUGUGAUAUGCGAUUAAGAAUUAAGUAUCAUAAUUUAUGUCACGAUCAGGUUUUUGCCCUCUUCAACAAAAGUAGGGGAAAGUGCGUUGGUUUGGACACCGUAGAAAAGAUGGACACUUGAUGCAUCGUAAAAUUCAAUAAAAAUAAAAUCAAAACAUUUCAAGUUUUCAAAUGCUUUUCUCAAAAUAAGUAAAUAAAUUGUGUUCGAUACCACUUUAGUGAAUAUAAAUUUGGACAGUAGCUAUUAAAGAUUAAAACGUGAAAAUCGUUGAUCUCAGGAAGUCUUUCUAGAUUGGCAUGAUGUACUGGUUGUUCAAAACUUCACUCUUGGAAACAGAAAUAAUAUUUAAUCACUCAGGAUUUAGGAACAUUUUUCAAAUGCGGUAUGAAUAGUGUUAGGCCAAACGGAUGUAGUAGCAUAGGAAAAGGACAGUUUUUAUGCGAAGAAAAUGCCAUUAUAUUUGCAUAAUUUAAGACUAUAUCUCUUUAUCACAACCAAUCUCUACCGAUAGUGUGAGAACAUUUAUAUCCUAUGAUAGCACUCCACUCGCCAGGGGAUUUCUGUGGAAUUAAACAACAGUGUGAAAAUUGUCACCCUAAUAGCAUGAAAAUCGAAAACAAAGUGGAAUGGACAUAUUUUAUUAUGUUUAUAAUGAACGCCAGCAAGGCAGCGAGCACAAAAGAGAUACAGUGAUAAACUCAUUCUACAGCGUCUUAAUUUAUUUGAAGAGAUUGCGCAUUUUAUUUUCCCGGAGAACUUAUUUGAGUGUUAAUAGCCUUUCAUGACAAAAUGUUAUUUUUAUUUUUGAAGAGGUGAAUUAUCUGGUCUACUUUCCUCAUAUGAGUGUUAAAUGCAAUACCUGAUCACAACAUAGAAUGUCUCGAAAGAGAUAACUCUCUCUUGAACUGAGACUAUUUUUUACCGAUUUCCUGGCCAUUUUCCGGUAAAGAUUGAGAAAAUCGAUGGAAACCACGUUUUGUUUUAUCAGUACAUUGAAAGAUUAUAACCUCAAAUCACGACUAGUGUGCAUUUUCCAAGCAAAGUCAUAAUGGACCAUUAGAAUCUGUAAUCUAUCCUUAAAGUGUCCGUCUUCAUCUGCUCUCCCCUAAACACUGAAUUAAAUAUCUUCGAAUAUUUGAGAGGAAUGUAGCAUCAUGACGACAAUGUGCAUUACUUAGAUUAUACUACUUAUAGUACUUUCUCCGACGAUAAAUAAAUAAAUGAACAUUAUGAAAUAAGGUA